GUUCAUAUGCGCAUGACCGCGCUGCGCGUUCUCGCGGUCAUCUCUGUGGACGAGCCUGCAUCGUUAGUGAAUAUCCUCUCUUCAUCUCUCCUCCAUCAGAAAUAAACCGGGACAAACAAAAGGAAUUAAGGUAAGAGGAAACUAUCAGGUUGACUGAUUAUCAGGAGCGUGGGUGUUUGAGCUCACGGAGUGUUUUUGUGUUCAAUGGUGGGGUGGACCAUCACAGUAGCAUAAAAGCUAAUUUAUAAAAACACUGUAAGGAUAACAUCAUCCAUGCGUUCAUAUGGUACGUGCAUUUGUAAAAUAUCAUCAUGUUGUUGAUAAUGAAAUGACAGAAUUUUAUGUAUCUCUGCUGAAUGACCGAGCUGUCUGCUAGAUCUCAAUAAUAUAUCAAAUGGUGGCCUGUGAUCACUGCUGGCAGAAAUACCAUCUUUUCCCCUUUUCUUCAUAUCACACCAUUGACUAAAUUUAAUAUGUGGGAGAGAGAGAGAGCUGAAAGCCUGGAGUGAUUUUCUCUGAUAAACAUGUUUAUUUAUAAACUGACCUACUUUGAUUCAGAGCCACAAUCACAGAGAUUUUUAUCUAUCUAGUUCAAGACAACAAAGAACAGACCAACACCUCACAUAUUUGGAUCAGGACAACGACCUGAGUUCAGUCAUGUGGAGAGAGCGUAUUAUGUCACUGUGAUUUUUAGACAGUAUUGAUCAGCAGCAGAGGAGAGCGUGGUUUGUUUGCAGCAGGGAUCUCCCUCUGCCAAAAUCAGCUGAUCGUUUUUAUGAUUUAGAGCCUGAUGGAAAAUUAAAGGCACAGUGAUUUAAGCAGAGGACGGCCUCAAAUGUGAUUCUUCUUCUUGCACAGAUGACAGGAAUGAACCAGUUGGUUGCGACCUGCUGGACUUGCCUCCUGCUCUCUGCUUUCCUGUGUGAGCCUGUGCUGUCCAAGGGCGGUCGAGGGGGCUCCAGGGGCUCCUCUCGAGGUUCCUCCUCCCGCAGCUCCUCAGCAGGGACUUAUCGGGGCGGAGGCGCCUACGGUGGGACCCGCUCUCGCUUUAGGGUGGCAGGGAGGUCGUCUCCGGUGAGGGUGGCUAGUGCAGCAGCGGCAGGGGCUGCAGUGGCGUUAACAGCGGAUAAAUGGUACGCCUCUGCUUACCGCCGCAGCAACACUGACAACUCGGAGGAAGAGCUUGACUUCUCCAACAGGACCAAUUAUUUUGAUGCACUGAUGUCAGGCUCCACCCGAAACAGAUCAGCUCUGUACCAACUGCUCUCUGUUAUUAUUGCCACAUUUUCCCCAAAGUUUGGACUCUUACUGGACAGUUUACUGUAGAGGUUCAGGUCAUUUUUUAGGAAAAAUCUCAGAUUCAGGCUAACAUCCGAUUAUAUGCGGGGCGGUUCUCGAAAGACUAAAUUAGAGGUGCAACAAGGCGUGUUAAGACAAAACAAUAACAAAUAACAUCACUGUACUGUAUGUUUUUGCACAUAUUAUCAUCCAUACCUUCAGACAAAUGUACAUUACCAGCACAGUGAUCAAUGUGACGUUUCACCUCUUAAAGACCGCGCCCUUGUCAAACCUACAUCAGUCCAUGUGUUGGGCUGAAGUUGAGGGUUAGUUUCUUUACCUAAAUCCUGAUUCCUGUGUCUGAUGAAGGUGUCAAUUAUGAGCUGCUGCAAUUUUCUGUGAUGCAACACUCGGGGCGGGAUGCUCAGUUCUUCCACAGUGACGUAAAGCAUUUUAUAAAGAGAGGAAAAAUGUUAAAUAAGCCCCAGUAUACUUAUAAAAGUAUAAAAAUGAUCUAGUGUAAAUGACAAAAACAGUCUUAUAAAAGGAAAAUGCCAAUUCAAUAAAUUCAGAUGUAAUAGUGAAGCGAAUAAUGACAAAAAUAAGAGUUAAACAUGAUGACCCCUUAAAACUGUGCCCCACUGUAAGUGGAAGAUUUUGAUUUUCCUGCUCUGAUCUGGAGGUCAGAGAAAAAUGGCGCCUUGUGAAUAUGAUGAAGAGUAUCCGUAAAGUGUACAAUCAAACUCCUGGCUGCCAAUCUAUAUAGAGUGCCAAACUAAGUUACAAACAAUAAAUUGUAUUUUUAUAUGAAAAGAUUGACACUGAACAACCAGAUCACUGCUCAGAGCAGCUGGAAGUAAGUUUUUGACUGACUGGAGUUCAUGGAAACCACUGAGGUUUAAGGGACCAGCCAUCUAAUGAUUUUCUCUGAUUAACAGUCAAACUUUGAAGUUGACACCAGCAUUUUCUGAACCCUGAAUCAUAACUGCUGUAAAGUAGUUUUAAUUCUUUAUUUUGACUUUUACGGUUGAAAAUAACCCUCUUUUUACUGCACUCUCAUGAAGACCACAUUUGAAGAUUUUCCUCAGUGUUUGGACUAAUUUAUGACAUUUUAUGUCAUUUGUCAUGGCCAUGAAAAUGCCUCCACAAUCAUCUCAAACUUUUGUGCAAUUCAGAACCCUUUUAUACACUUGAAAUCGAAAUAUAUCUGUUCUCAGACCCUUCUUAGCUGGGGUGACUCCAACAGUUAACUGCUGCUCUCUGUUUUUCAUGUUUCUUCAAGUUUCCUCAGUCUGUCUCUAUAUCCCAGAGCUGAUUUUUACCUGCAGCAGACACUCAGGAGCAACAGACUGUUUCUUCACAUCUAUAAGUGCACUCUGUUUUACUCGACAACCCCAAUGUAUAUGAUAUAUAAAGAAUUUGUUAUCACUGUCUUUAUGCUAAUAAAUAUCCUGUUUACACCA